GUUACUCCUGGUCUGACUUCCGCGGGCAGCCCGACGCGCGCUUCUCUCCUGGACGCGGCUGCGAUGACUGAAGGCGUUUCCGCUACCUGCGGUUCUGUGCUCGUCUGCUUGUUAAUUCCAGCAGUCUGGCCUGGAGGUUGUACUCCCAGAGAACUGCUGGGUGGUGCGGCCCUGCACGUCCACCACUCCACACACAGACCUGUGCUUUGGCUUUCUGACAGGACAGGAGCGGGACUGCACUGUCCCCUAACCUGCGUUGUGGGUUGCUGUCAUGCAUUCAUGGUCUGGGAUCGAGGAACGACAACGUGCUGACAGCUGGUCAGAGUUCCUCCGAGUGACCCAGGAACACCACCACUCUCCUCCACCCUCUCAGGAACACCACCACUCUCCUCCACCCUCUCAGGAACACCACCACUCUCCUCCACCCUCUCAGGAACACCUGGAAGAAUGUACCAUUAAGAAUAUGAGCAUAUUUUCCCACUUGAGACUUCUUAUGGUGGCGCGGGUGUGUGGCAGGCCAGCCAGCAACAGAAGCUCUUCACCAUGGAUGUGGAUGAGGAGGAGAACAUGAGUUCCUGCAGCACCGACGUCAAGGAAAACCGCAACCUGGACAACGUCUCCUCCAAGGAGGGAGCUGGCAUUCCCGAGCAGCUCCCUAAUGGCAGCGGAGGAGCAGGGCGCAAGCGCCCCCUGGAGGAGGGCAAUAACGGUCACGCGCACCCCAAGUUCAGGCCCAAGAAGCGCAAGAAAACCCCUGGGCCGGUUCUGCCCAAGAACGCCUUGAUGCAGCUGAACGAGAUCAAGCCGGGCCUGCAGUACAAGCUGCAGUCGCAGACGGGGCCUGUGCACGCGCCCGUCUUCGUCAUGACUGUGGAGGUGAAUGGGCAGUUGUUCGAGGGUUCAGGCCCCACCAAGAAGAAGGCCAAGCUGAACGCCGCGGAGAAGGCCCUGCGCUCCUUCGUGCAGUUCCCCAACGCCUCGGAGGCUCACCUGGCCAUGGGCCGCACGCUCACCGUCAACACGGACUUCACCUCGGACCAGGCCGACUUCCCCGACAUGCUCUUCAACGGCUUUGAGACCCCCGCGCCACCCGAGGACCCUUUCUACCUGGGCUCCAACGGCAACGGCUCCCUGAACCUGCUGGGAGAGUACCCGGUGCCGGCGGCGGGCACCAACAGCCUGGCGCAGACGCCUCUGUCUCCGCCCGCCGCCUUCGGCUCAUCCUCGGGCGGCAAGAACCCCGUCAUGAUCCUGAACGAGCUGCGGCCGGGUCUGAAGUACGAGUUCGUGUCGGAGAGCGGUGAGAGUCACGCCAAGAACUUUGUCAUGUCUGUGACGGUGGACUUGCAGACCUUCGAGGGCUCGGGCAGGAAUAAGAAGCUGGCCAAGGCCCGGGCCGCCCAGGCUGCGCUCUCCGCCCUCUUCAACAUGCAGCUGGACCAGACGCCGUCCCGCCAACCUAUCCCCAGAGAGGGUCUGCAGCUGCACCUGCCGCAGGUUCUAGCCGACGCCGUCUCUCGUCUUGUGGUGGACAAGUUCAGCGAGCUAACCGACAACUUCACGUCCCCACACGCACGGCGGAAAGUGCUGGCCGGGGUUGUCAUGACGACAGGCACUGAUGUGAAGGAGGCCCAGGUGAUCUGCGUCUCCACGGGGACCAAGUGCAUUAACGGCGAGUACAUGAGCGACCGCGGCCUGGCGCUGAACGACUGCCACGCGGAGAUCGUUGCGCGCCGCUCGCUCCUCCGCUACCUCUACGCGCAGCUGGAGCACUUCCUGAGCAACAACAAAGAGGAGCAUGAGAAGUCCAUCUUCAUGCAGUGUGAGAAGCAAGGCUACCAGCUGAAGGACAACGUCCAGUUUCACCUGUACAUCAGCACGUCGCCGUGCGGAGAUGCGCGCAUCUUCUCCCCACACGAGGCAGGCGUGGAGGACCAGGGAGACAGACACCCGAACAGGAAAGCCCGGGGUCAGCUGAGGACGAAGAUCGAGUCGGGUGAAGGCACCAUCCCAGUGCGCUCCAGCAACACCAUCCAGACGUGGGACGGAGUCCUGCAGGGAGAGCGGCUCCUCACCAUGUCCUGCAGUGACAAGAUCGCCAGGUGGAACGUUGUAGGGAUCCAAGGCUCACUGAUGACCUACUUUACUGAGCCCAUCUACUUCUCGAGCAUCAUCCUAGGUAGCCUGUAUCACGCCGAUCACCUCUCCCGCGCCAUGUACCAGCGCAUCGCCGACAUCGAGCACCUGCCACAGCAGUUCACUCUCAACCGGCCCCUGCUCAGCGGCAUCAGCAAUGCAGAGGCACGGCAGCCAGGAAAAGCUCCAAACUUCAGUGUGAACUGGGCAGUGGGAGACCAGGGCCCGGAGGUCAUUAAUGCCACCACGGGCAAGGACGACAUGGGCCGCCCCUCUCGCCUGUGCAAGCACGCCCUCUACAGUCGCUGGGUGCGACUGCACUCAAAGCUCUGUUCCACUCUGCGGAUCAAAGUGCCCAAACCCACUUCAUACCAUGAAGCCAAACAGGCGGCGAUGGAGUACCAUUCUGCUAAACAGACGCUCAUCAAGGCCUUCCAGAAAGCAGGCUUGGGGGCCUGGGUGAAAAAGCCUAUAGAACAGGACCAGUUCUCUCUCAGCUCCUGAAGGGGGUGCAAGAGGCACAGAGCA